AUGCAGGCCCUUUGGUACACCGUGCUCGUGGGGAUGCUGCCAGCCCUCGUGGCCUUUCUGCUUCUGCGGCGCCUCGAGCCUUCGGUCAUCGGUCACGUGAGACGCUGGGUGAGGAAUGUGGCUCUUUGUUUGACUGCCAUCUCCUUGCUGGCACUUUGGAUCGGAGGCACUGAUGUGGUGGGGAUUUGGGGAUUGCAGCCGCUGGCGACCGCUGGCAUCAUGUCCUGGGCUCCGGUGGUCUAUUUGCAGUCCACCAUCCUGUGGAUUGUGGUGGUCUACAACCUCACGCACUUCAUCGGUUCCGUGGACCUCUCCGUGGAAAUGGAUCUGCCCUUCCCCUUGCAGGUGACCUAUUUGGUCCUGGUGACGCUGUGGUUCUCGUCCUUCCUCCGCGUCCUAUGCACCAGGCCUGGGAAACCGAAGGACUUUGAGUCCGAAAUGCUUUCCCCCAAGCCGCGGCCGAAUAAUCAGGUCUUUUGUGUGUUUUGCCAGUCGCAGAAACCUCAGCGGUGUCGGCAUUGCACCAAGUGCGGCGCCUGCGUCUUGCGCAUGGACCACCACUGCCCUUGGCUUCGGCAAUGCAUCGGCUUUGGGAAUUACAAAUACUUUGUCGCCUUCAUUACCUACUCCGCGGUAGCUUUACUCUUCAAGGCAGUGACUUUGAUGCUUUUUACUGUCAGAGCCUUCCAUGGAGAGAUCACCUUUUGGACCAAGCUUUGGUUAGUCUCCACCGCAGCUCAGCCCAUCCAUCUCCUCACAGCCUAUCCAUCUCCUCACAGCGGCAGCCUUGGUGAGGAAGCCUUGGUCAUAGCCUUAGCUGGCACGAUGACGGCCUUCGCAGCCUUCCACCUCUACUUGUGUGCCAUUGGAAUGACCACCAUCGAAUUCCUCACCAGGACCAAUCCACGGUCCGUCGAUCUCGACCACUCCACGGUGGACCUGAGGUUGUUCCCGGCCUGUCCACCAAGUGGAGAUGGCCGCACCUUCCCCCACAAGGUCCUGCCUCACGACGUCGACAAGCGCACAAAGGAGUCGCAACGUGCCUUGGCAAUCUCCGAGGAGACGGCGCUGAAGGAAAAGGAGGUGGAACGAAGCGAGGAUGAGAUCCAACGGCUGCAACAGCUCCACUCCCGCCAGUACGGAGCUCGGGUGGCCAAAGAGCAACAGCGUGGAGCCUCAAAACCGGCGGUGGAGCUGGAGCCAUUUGCACGGCCUUUUGAAGGGAUGUUGAUGGAGACCCAAGCCGUGAAGAGUGCUUUGGACAAGACCUGGCGACGGAUGGAAGAGAUGCAGCGCAGCGUCUCGGAGAAGCGCGCCACCUUGGAGGCGAGAGCCAACGGCGAUUGGUCCCGGGAUCUGGACGAUAGCGACGGAACGCCACCCGGAGACGCGAAGUGCGCGCGAAGGGAGGAGGGGAGGAGGUGCCGACAGAUGGCGGAGGAGAUCAACAGACAUAUGCAGGUUCGACAAGAGGUGAGCUCUUAUCGAAGUCAGAUCCAAGCGGCGCUGGAGGACGUUCUGGGCACCGCGAUCCUCCAUUAA